AUGGAGCCCACGCUGGACCAGCUGGGUCAGGAGAUGAGAGAAGCAGAGAGGGAGCUGCAUGAAGGGAAGAGGAGAGUGGAGUUCCUCUGGUCCAUCUGCAGGCUCCACCACCAGAAAACCUGUUACAUCUUUGAUCCCUUCCACAUAAAGGCAGCAAUCAGCAGAGAGCUCUAUGAGUACAUACUGCACCAGGGAGGAGACAAAAACCUGAUUGCCCAGUGGAAGAAGCAGGGCUGUGGGAACCUGUGCUGCAUCCAGACUCAGGACACCAACUCUGGGACCAGCUGCAGGGUCCCCAGAAGCAAGCUGGAAGUGGGCAGAAUCAUUGAGUGCACUCACUGA